AUGGGUGUAUGGACAAUCACCAGUUUGUCGCUAGAGGGUGUCCGUUUGUGUCGGUGUUUAGUUUACCGUGGACAGGGUACAUUCUACCUCCAGACUCUAACAGAGACCGUCGAGAAAACAGCUUCCGGCGCCGUUCGCCAUGUUCUCCUCCAUUUACCGCCCAGAAACGAGGGAACCCGCGAAUCUUGGCCAAGAAUCUGGUUGCCACAUGGACGUGGCAACUUGGUUGAUGCCAUGCUAGUCGCAGGCAGAAGGCCACCGAGCCGACAGCCUGAGUCAUCAUUCGUAGAACUUCGGUUAGUGCAAAGUCUUUUGCCAGUCUCAGCAUGA